CACCGUCAACAACACCAACGACGUCGACGACGAGUGCCCGCAUCGUUGCUCUUGGACAGUGAGAAGUCAUGGUGUAUCAUAAUCUCAAAGCCCUGAUCAAGGGUAUUAGGUCAUGUAAGACUCUCGCAGACGAGAGGGCACUCAUUCAGAAGGAGUCGGCGGCCAUCCGAACAUCGUUCAAGGAGGAGGACUCGUAUACCCGCCAUAACAAUGUCGCCAAACUCCUCUACAUCCAUAUGCUGGGCUAUCCAGCACACUUCGGCCAGAUCGAAUGUCUAAAGCUUGUCGCAAGUCCUAGGUUCGCGGACAAACGCUUGGGAUAUUUGGGUAUUAUGUUAUUACUGGACGAGAACCAGGAAGUUUUGACACUUGUGACAAAUUCACUCAAGAAUGAUAUGAACCAUGCGAACAUGUACGCCGUCGGACUGGCACUAUGCACUUUCGCAAAUAUCUCAUCAGAAGAGAUGUCGCGAGACCUCGCAAAUGAGAUAGAAAAAUUACUCGGAUCUAGUAAUACGUACAUCCGCAAGAAGGCUGCCUUAUGUGCUCUCCGUGUUGUCAAGAAAGUCCCUGAUCUCAUUGACCACUUCGUGUCGAAGGUAAAGAACCUGCUGACUGAUCGAAAUCAUGGCAAUCUUCUCGCUGCUACAACCCUCAUCUCGGAAAUGGUUCAACUCGAUCCAAACUGCCUCAAUGAAUUCCGUAACGCCGUUCCUAUGCUCGUCCGCCAUCUCAAGAAUCUCGUGACCACCGGAUAUAGCCCGGAACACGACGUCUCUGGUAUUACUGACCCUUUCCUGCAAGUGAAAGUAUUACGCCUCCUACGCCUUCUCGGAAAGGGAGAUCAACAAGCAAGUGAAACUAUGAACGAUAUUCUGGCGCAGGUCGCCACGAAUACAGACUCAACAAAGAAUGUUGGCAACGCAAUUUUAUACGAAACUGUGCUUACGGUAUUGGAAAUCGAGGCGGACAGUGGCCUCCGCGUAAUGGCUAUCAACAUCCUUGGCAAAUUCUUAAGCAACCGUGAUAACAACAUCCGAUAUGUAGCGUUAAACACCCUAAACAAGGUCGUCUCUAUGGACACGAAUGCUGUACAGCGACAUCGGAACAUUAUCCUCGAUUGUCUGAGGGAUGGUGACAUCUCCAUACGUCGGCGCGCUCUCGAACUCUCAUAUGCGUUAAUUAAUGAGCAGAACGUGCGCGUAUUGAUUCGAGAAUUGCUGGCUUUCUUGGAGGUAGCAGACACGGAAUUUAAGUUAGGCAUGACUACGCAAAUCAGUCUGGCUGCAGAGCGAUUUGCCCCGAACAAGAGGUGGCAUAUUGAUACGUUCCUUAGAGUAUUGAAACUUGCUGGCAACCACGUCAGGGAAGAAAUCCUGUCGGCCUUCAUACGUUUAGUUGCGCACACACCUGAGUUGCAAGCAUAUACUGCAUCUAAGCUCUACACAGCGCUGCGGGCGGACAUUUCGCAAGAAUCCUUGACCCUGGCGGCUGUUUGGGUUAUCGGAGAAUACAGCGAGAUCCUUCUUGAAGGCGGUAUCGUGGACGAAGAGCAGCCUCAACAGGCAAGCGACUCCAAUAUUGUGGAUCUGCUAGUUUCCGUCCUCGACUCGCCCUAUGCGAAUUACCUAAUUCGCCAGUUCGUCUUGACUGCAAUGACGAAAAUGUCGGGCCGGCCGACGACUAGUGCUGCGCAGCAACAGCGAAUCAUCCAACUGCUGGACUCUUACUCGACUAGUGCGGAACUUGAGAUUCAGCAACGAGCGGUAGAGUUUGAGAAUCUGUUGCAGCUGGGAGAGAUUAGGUUCGGUGUGUUGGAAAGGAUGCCACCACCUGAGAUUAAGGCGACGGUGAUGGGAGUUGUUGUCGAGAACAAACCUGUUGGGUCCACUGCGUCCAAGGAGGUCGAUCUGCUUGGAGACGACACAGCAGUCACCAACCCAGGAGUCAACGUCCAAUCACCAGUUGUUCAAAACAGCCAAGACCUACUUGCAGAAAUCUUCGGUUCCGGUCCAUCAGGACCAUCACAAACCAGUCCAGCGCCAGCGGCCGCAGCAUCUCCACAACCUCAGAAGAGCUCAGUCAACGAUAUACUUGGUCUUUUCGACUCUUCACCAGCAACCCCUUCACCCGUCCCCACUCAAUCUCAAUCUCCCGCCGUCGCAUCACCCUCGUUAUUUGGACCUAUAGCGCAGACUACGCCUCCACCGCAACCUCAAGCGCCAGCGGCACCACGUUUGCAGGCGUAUACUGCGUAUGAUAAGAAUGAGUUGAGGAUAACGUUGACGCCCCAGGCGGAUACACAGCGACCUGGUGCUGUGAAUAUCUUGGCGCGGUUCCAGGUCACGGGGAGUACACCUGCGACUGGGAUAAGCUUCCAGGCUGCUGUGCCGAGGACACAGCAACUCCAGAUGCAGGCUAUGUCAAAGCCAGAUGUAUACCCAGGCACGACAGAAACGCAAAAGAUGAAGGUCAUCGCUCCUGUCGGCAGCCACGUACGACUGCGGUUACGCAUAACAUAUACUAUAGGCGGGCGUGCUGUCACGGACCAGGAAGACUUUUCUGGAUUUCCAAAGGAUUUGACAAGCGGUGCAUCAUGAUUCUUUGUUACAUUUUUUCUCAUUUUGCGCAGGCGACUUUUUCUCUCUCCCUGUUCAUUGUGUUUUACUUUGAGAAUAGAAAUCAUAAGUUA